AUGGGUGUCAAUGGCUCUCUCUGUUUCUUCCCGUCUCUCCACUCCUCCAGUGCUGUGUUGUUACAGGCUCCAAAUCUGCACUUGGCAGCCGAGCUCGGCAAGACUCUCCUGGAACGUAACAAGGAGCUAGAGGACUCCCUGCAACAGAUGUACAUCAACAAUGAGGAGCAAGUGCAAGAGAUAGAGCACCUGUCCAAGCAGUUGGAGAUGUUGAGAGAGAUGAACGAACAGCAUGCAAAGGUGUAUGAACAGCUGGAUGUAACUGCCAGAGAGCUGGAGAUCACUAAUGAGAAACUGGUGCUGGAGAGCAAAGCCUCGCAGCAGAAAAUAGACAGGUUGACAGGCACCAUGGAGACCUUGCAGGGUCAGGUGGACAGCCUGUCCGCUCGGGUUGAAGAGCUACGAACUCUGGAGGAGCUGAGGGUCCGCAGAGAGAAGAAGGAACGGCGCAAGACUGUGCACUCCUUCCCCUGCCUCAAAGAGCUCUGCACUGCGCCAAGAUACGAAGAUGGCUUCCUGUUGGCCAACCCGGGCAGUGUGGACUUGGCUGAGCGACGGCCAGUAGAUGAGGAGAAUGAGCGCCUGAGGGACAUCGUCUCUUCUUUGCGCUCAGCUGUAGCCACAGAGCGUUCCCAGAGGGAGGGCGCUGAGCGGGAGUGUGCCACUGUGCUGCAGGAGUUUGAGCGUCUGGAACAGCGUCUUUUAGGAGCAGAGGGCUGCCAGCUGCGGGUCCAGGAGCUCGAGGCUGAGCUCCAGGAGAUGCAGCAGCUCAGGAAGUCCAGGGUGUGUCUGAUUGGGGGCAUGGAAGACGGCCUAGAGACGCUGCUCAGCAAUGGCCCUGAGACAGACACCCCAGAGGAGGGCAUCGUGCAGGAGGAGGGAGGCGAAGGAGGCGAGGCAGGGGGCACAGGGCAGCAGGGAGGCCCGGUGAGGAAGAGCUGCAGCGACACAGCUCUGAACGCCAUCUCAGCCCGGGACGCCUCAGGUAGGCGUCAGGGCAGCUACGCGCUCCAUGCCAAUGGGGUGCGCAAACGUGGCAUGUCCAUCCUGCGGGAGGUGGAUGAGCAGUACCACGCUCUGCUGGAGAAGUAUGAGGAGCUGCUGGGGAAGUGUCGCCGUCAUGAGGAGAGCCUGUGCCACGCCGAGGUGCAGACGUCAAGACCCGUCUCCAGAGAUCCUUCCAUGAAGGAGUACAGCAUGGUCUGCGCUGGGCCUUCAACAUCAGGGGUUGUCGCCACCCCUCCCACGCCCCCUCAAACUCCGUCCACCCCGGAGGCGCUGGAGGGAAUCAGCAGGCAGGUGGAGCAGGUGGACAAACGGCUCAGCCAGAACACGCCGGAGUACAAGGCCCUCUUCAAAGAGAUCUUCUCCCGCCUGCAAAAGACGAAGAGUGACAUGAACUCCACUAAGAGCAGAAAGAGUCACAAAUGAGAUGGAGCUGCUACGUGCACUGAAAACAGUGACUGCACAACUUUUAAUUUACCUCGCUGUUUUGAAGGCUUCUUGUUCUGCAUUUCACCAGUCCUGACUCAUGGAUGCCUGUAGUCAUGGAGCCGGGUGAUUAACGACACAUUAGCGAUGGAGACUGAUGAAACUGCCAAAUGUUAUAUUUGACUAUAUGGAUUGAAGAUCAGUGACGUGGAUGAAAUGCCUUUUUCUGAUUGAUCAUAACCGAAAAAUAUCGAAUGGAGUUUUGUUUCUUAGGACGGUCUAGUGUGUGAUGUAGUAUUUAACUGAGAUGUCCUGAUGCAGAGAUGAUUUAUUAUUUUUUAUUUAAGAAAAACAAUACUUAAGCCAAAUAAUAUAAAAAAAAAAAAAAACAGCCAUUGGCUUUGAAACUAUUCACUGCAUUGGAAGCAUGCAUUUGUCUAAUAAACACUAAGUGCUAAAUAAGUCUUUAAAAGCAGGUUUAAACUAAAUCAUACAAGCUUCAGACCAGCUUGAGGUCGGUUAAAAUGCAGCAGAUAUUUGACUGCGUGCAUUUUGUUUGAUGGCACAAAUCCCUCCAGAUAGCUGCCAAAGUGUACUGUGUGUUCAGUGUUGUUUUCGUAAAUGCUUCAUUGUAACUUAUGUGGUGAAGGAGAUGAGGCCAGAAUGCCUCUGUGGUGUUUUUACAGCAUGCAUUACAAGCCGCAGGGGAGUGGUUGCCAUUUCAGGGAUUCGUUUGAUCAUUUCAGCAUUAUCAGUUCUACGCUGUGCUGCCACAUUGUCAACGAUGUUCUUGUAGUAUACCAUUAACGAUGUUUUCUGUUGAUUAAAUUUAGAAAUUUAUCGACCAUGUUCUUUACUGUGGAAGGGAAGCUGCCAUUUUUCCACCUGGAACCUAUUUUCCAACAUUUUUGUGUCUAUGUGGGAAACCAAGACAAUUUUUUAAAUUGGUCCUGUAUUAAGAGAGAUCUCUGCAGCCACAGCAGCGACACAAUGUACAACGAAAUCCCUGCGGGUGAUUUUGCACCAUCAUUUAAUAUCCACUAAAAGUACUUGGUUUGUUUGUUAUUAUGACCAAGUCUCACUCGAGAAGUCUCGUUCUUAAAUCUCGCAAAAGGUGACUUUCUGCAGGAAACCCAUGGUGGAAAUGUGGAGUGCCAAGAAGAGUUUGAAAAUCUUUAAGACAACACUAAACUACACUUUGUGUACUCCAACACAACAUUAUAGCUGAAUAUUUAGCCGAUUUGGACAGUGUGGAAAAUUCCACCAGAUUUCAGAGGGAUACUUCUCUUUGAGCGAGACACACUAAAAAACACAGGAUAAGGGUCUUUUCUGUAAUGUUGUCAGAAACUUAUGACAAUCUGAGCCUGUCGGCUACAAGAACAAGCACUUUUAGUGGCUGUACAUUGACGGCGGACUAUUGACCGCAGCCUGAUUCACCAAUACUGGAGCAAUUUUUUAAAAAACUUCACCGGGUUCACACUGGACGUAAAGUGCUACAAAUCGCCUAUUUUCAAAAGAGUAUUACCCUUUUCCUUUAAGCACCCAUGUGAAUCAAUGUGGCUGUUCACACUGGACCGCUGAGGACCCUUACUCCAUAUUCCACGGCCAGCUCACAAUUUGCAGCGAUAUUUUCAGCAUCUAGUCUAUUUUUUCCUUAAGCCACGAGCAAAAAUGUUAGGAAAGCACACAAAUAAUCUGUUAUGAAUAAUCUUAAGGCGAUACUAGACAUAAUAUAAAUGAUAAAAUAAGCAUCCAUUUCCUCCAUGUAUUUGUUGGUUGUGUCUAAACAGAGCGAAAGACAGACAAGCAGACACACAUGCACAGACUCACAAGCAAGCAGGGGUAGAGCUCUCUACGAGAUUAGAGCGUGCGGACGUGGCGUGGAGAAAUGCGCUUCUGGUGUGAAAGGCAGGGCAACUGCAGACGGAUGGCUGAGCAACAGUUAACACGUUGGGAUGCUUCUGUGUCCGGUUUGAACCUGCCGUUAGUCUAGACACAAAAAGAUGGGGAAAGGAAGGGUCAAGGUUGGAAAAAUACCAAAGUUUCCCUUUAAGUGCUCAGGGAGGCAACAAAUCAAAUCUUACAGCAGUUGAAUAAAACAACAGGACACAAGCAGACUCAAUCUGAACACUUUAAUGUGAACACAGGAGAUCAGUAAACUGAAGGUAAUACAAGUAGCACAUAUUGAAUCAAACCCAACCUGCAGAAAAACAGACAACCAAAACCCCAGUCCGUGACACGAGAGCUGAACGAAGCUGCCGCAACAGACUUCAUUCCCAUGCUUCUGGAGUGUAUAAAAAAGCUUUUAUAUGGCAGGAUGUGUUACCCAUUGACGUCUGGUUGGGGGACUGAUGUCUCUAUACUGGUUCGGAAGUCAAUUACAGACAACGUUUCACCUCACUGAUGUUGAGCACAGAGUGCCGCCGAGUCAGCAGGAGCAGCAUGUGGUUGUAAGAGACUGGAGGCACAGUCAGCAUUGGUAUUUUGAGUAAUACUAGGUGAGCAGUUCGUGGACACUCUGGUUGUACGGGGACUUCAGGGACUAGAGAGGACACGGGGUGACAAAAAGCCAUUAGCACAACCUGGACUCUUAUUUACAGCUGUAAAUGAUCUAAAAAUUCAUUUAACUGAUAUUUAGAAACUACAUUGAUGUUUGUAAAUAGAGCUAAUAUGAUCGACAUCAACAUGUACUGGCUUUUACAAAUCAUCAAACCUGAUAAAAUAAAAGGUGUUAAAAGUCCUUAGUCCCGAUUCCUUGUCCAUGUAUUACAAGUAUUGUUAAAAACAGGCUCACAUGAUGGUCUGGCAAAUAUAAUCUGAAGGCAAAUGGCUCAAUUAGGUUGUCUAUUUUUUACUUGUUAAGGCCACAUGGCUGCUAAAAACACUGCCAGAAAACCCUGAUCAGGAGAGGAACAGCCACACCUGCAGCCACACGGGGUUCGAGGUAAUUCUGUUUCCCCUGUUCUCUCAGUAGACUUUGCAGGGUGCUAAAUCAUUUGGAAAAAAAAAAGACGUGGCCUGAAUUCCAAAUAAUUUACCUAGACCCUGGUACAGAUAAUCUGCUCAAAGGCUUUAGGAGGACUGCGUCCAAGAGUUGUGUCCAGCAAUGAUUGUGGCCACAUACAUACAGCACUACUGCUUCCUGCACAACGCUUUCCAAGGCAGAUCACGGCAA